UAGUUUCCUCCUCGUUCACAAUUUCCAUCACCUCCAAUUAACUCUUCUUGAACAAUGGCCUCAAACUCGACAUGGACCGCUAAGCAAAACAAGCUGUUUGAGAAUGCAUUGGCCACCUAUGACAAGGAUACUCCAGACCGAUUCCACAAUUUGGCCAAGGCUGUGGGUGGGAAGACCGUGGAAGAAGUGAAGAGGCACUAUGAAAUGCUUGUGCAAGACAUAAAUCAUAUCGAGUCAGGGAAAGUGCCUCUUCCCAAUUACAGUUCCAAUGGAAAUAGCAAUAAGGAAUAUCAAUAUAUGCACGAGGAACAAAGGAUGAAGUAUCUGAAGCUGCAAUAAAGCAAGGACAAAGGAUCCAAAGUCGGUUACUUUCGUCUCUUGAACAAAUGCAAUAAUGAAAUGACAAUUAGGAUACCUUGUGACUUUGUCCUUUAUCAGUUUGUCUUCCAUCAAAUCAUUGUACCUUAUUUUUAUGUUCUUUUGCAUAUAGAAGAGUCAUUGAAAAGUGACUUAAAGCUUUCCCCUAUUGUGCUGAUGUCAAAAGAAUUCAAGUUUAGC